AUGCACCUUUCUCCAAACACCAAUCUGCACCACAACCAUAUCUUUAACCAUUAUCACCUUUCAUCCUUGACCUCCACCUCCUACCUACCACUUUCAUCACCAUUUCUUCUCAUUCUCUCACCUCAGUCUUCUUCUCUCUCACUCUCUUCACCAUUCAACCUUCAUGUUCUCCAAACUCCCACACACUACUCCUCGGCAAUGACAUAUACUCUUCAUCACUACAACCAUACUCCUCCACUCUUAACCUCUAUCCUUCCUGUUCUUCCAUCUCUGCAAUCUUCAAACACAAAUAUCUCCCUCAGCGCUCAAGUUCUCUCACAAUCAACAACAGUGGAACAACAACGAGGCACAAAGAAAACGAACGAAGAAAUCACAGAAGAUAGAAGUAUCAGAAAAGAUAAGAGGACGAAGAAUGCAAACAGGAAGGAAAUUGGAGCAGAAGAAGAUAAGGUCUCAAGAACAUACCUGCGAUUGAUGCUUUCUCCUUGUUCGUCUCCUUCGCCACAGGUGCAUUUUACUUUGUCCUUUCAUCUACUUCUUGGUAUGUAUACAUAUAGUAAGAUGAGAGAAUCAGAAACCCCUAUUAAAACAUGGUCAGGAGGGCCACCGCCGUCAUUUAUCUUCACUUUUAUAUCCUAG